GUGCGGUCCGGCGCGGAGCCCGUGGCCGCCUAUUGCGCGGCCGUGGCUACGGGGUUGGAGGGCCGGGAGAAAGACGCCUUCAACCCUUGCUCCGCCCGCGAUGCCCACAUCAUGCUCCAACUGAAGAGGACGCUGGAGGCAGUGACCCAGUUGGAUGGCGACGGGCCCCCGCCCUGCGGCAAGCGGCUCGGACUCAUCUUCCGCAUUGCCCUGGAGGCGGGCAAGGCUGCUCGCAACCCGAAGCGACUGCCGGAGCUCGAAGCCCUCCAGGCCUAUGGCGAGGGCAGGCUCGCUCGUGCACCACGUGCUGCUGCCGCACGGGCUGCCCAAGCCGCGGAGAG